AAUACGAGUUAUAAAGAUUUGUGACAGAAAUUGACGAAAGCUUGUAGUGAAGUCGAAGCAAAAUCACCAACUAACCAACCGAAAUUUUAUAUUUUGAAUGGGUUUCCACUAUGUAAUUACAAAUACCUUCUUUUUCACAAAUCUCUAACCAAAAUCCUACUCUCAUUUGCUUCUCCACUCCAUCAGAUUCGUCGGUAGAGAUUUCCAAUGGCUGUUCCGGUUGAAGAAGCAAUUGCUGCUCUUUCUACUUUUUCAUUAGAAGAUGAUCAACCAGAGGUGCAAGGCCCAGCAUUGUGGGUUUCAUCAGAAAGAGGUGCCACGAGUAGUCCAAUUGAGUAUAGUGAUGUCCAUGCAUAUCGACUAUCUUUAUCGGAGGACACAAAAGCAUUAAAUCAACUUAAUACACUAAUACAAGAAGGCAAGGAAAUGGUAUCAGUACUUUAUGCAUACAGAAGUUGUGUCAAAGCACUUCCUCAGCUUCCAGAUUCUAUGAAGCAAAGUCAGGCUGAUUUGUAUCUAGAAACUUAUCAAGUGCUGGAUUUGGAAAUGAGUCGGCUUCGUGAGAUACAAAGAUGGCAAGCAUCAGCUGCAUCUAAACUGGCAGCGGAUAUGCAGCGGUUUUCUAGACCUGAGAGACGCAUCAAUGGUCCCACUGUAACUCAUCUCUGGUCCAUGUUGAAGUUACUUGAUGUUUUGGUUCAACUUGAUCAUUUGAAAAAUGCAAAAGCCAGUAUACCUAAUGAUUUCUCUUGGUAUAAGAGGACAUUUACUCAAGUUAGUAUUCAAUGGCAAGACACAGACUCAAUGAGAGAAGAGCUAGAUGAUCUUCAGAUCUUUUUGAGCACAAGAUGGGCCAUUUUGUUGAACUUACAAGUUGAGAUGUUUCGUGUAAACAAUGUGGAAGACAUUCUUCAAGUUCUUAUUGUGUAUGCCGCUGAGUGCCUAGAAUUGGAUUUUGCACUUCUUUUCCCUGAGAGACAUGUCCUUCUCCGUAUUCUGCCUGUUCUUGUUGUUUUGGCAACAUCCUCAGAAAAAGACAGCGAGUCCCUUUACAAGAGGGUGAAGAUGAACAGACUCAUUACUAUUUUUAAGAACGAUCCAGUCAUACCUGCAUUCCCGGAUCUUCAUCUUUCACCAGCUGCAAUUCUAAAGGAGCUGUCUAUGUACUUCCCGAAAUUUUCUGCACAAACCCGCUUGUUAAGCCUUCCGGCUCCUCAUGAACUUCCACCUCGUGAAGUUCAAGAUUAUCAGCGGCAUUAUUUGGUCAUUAAUCACAUUGGAGCUAUUCGUGCUGAGCAUGAUGACUUUACUAUCCGUUUUGCUUCUGCUAUGAACCAGCUAGCUUUAUUGAAAUCAAUAGAAAGUGCAGAUAUUGAAUGGUCAAAGGAAGUCAAAGGAUGUAUGUAUGAUAUGGUUGUUGAAGGUUUUCAGCUUUUAAGCCGAUGGAGUGCUCGUAUCUGGGAGCAAUGUGCAUGGAAAUUCUCAAGGCCCUGCAAGGACUUUGCUCCUUCAGAGUCAGUUGAAAUGACUACAGUUUCUGAUUAUGAAAAGGUGGUGCGCUUUAAUUAUAGUGCUGAUGAAAGGAAGGCUUUAGUUGAACUUGUUAGCUACAUCAAAAGCAUUGGAUCAAUGAUGCAGAGGUGUGAUACAUUGGUAGCGGAUGCCUUGUGGGAAACUGUGCAUGCCGAGGUUCAGGAUUUUGUGCAGAACACAUUGGCAGCAAUGCUGCGCACCACAUUCCGAAAGAAAAAGGACCUUUGUAGGAUACUCUCUGAUAUGCGGACCCUUUCAGCAGAUUGGAUGGCUAACACUAGCAAGCCUGAAUCUGAUAUGCAAACAUCACAACAUGGGAGCGAAGAAAACAAAGGAAACUUCUUUUUCCCAAGGGCAGUCGCACCUACUGCUGCACAGGUGCAUUGCUUGCAGUUCUUGAUAUAUGAGGUGGUGUCUGGUGGUAACAUGAGAAAGCCUGGUGGUCUCUUUGGGAAUAGUAGCUCUGACAUUCCUGUGAAUGAUUUGAAACAACUGGAAACAUUUUUUUACAAGCUUAGUUUUUUCCUACACAUACUAGACUAUUCAGUUACUGUCGCAACAUUGACGGAUCUUGGUUUCUUAUGGUUUAGAGAAUUUUAUUUAGAAUCUUCUCGUGUUAUUCAGUUUCCUAUUGAUUGCUCUCUUCCUUGGAUGUUGGUGGAUCAUGUGCUGGAGUCACAAAAUGGUGGUCUUCUUGAAAGUGUUCUGAUGCCAUUUGACAUAUACAAUGAUUCUGCUCAGCAUGCCCUCGUUGUUUUGAAGCAACGUUUUCUCUAUGAUGAAAUUGAAGCUGAGGUGGAUAAUUGCUUUGAUAUAUUUGUCUCAAGGUUAUGUGAGGCUAUAUUCACACAUUAUAAAAGCUGGGCUGCCAGUGAGCUGCUUGAUCCCUCUUUCCUUUUUACAUUGGAUAAUGGAGAAAAGUUUACAGUCCGCCCAAUGAGAUUCACUGCCCUACUCAAUAUGAAAAGAGUGAAGUUACUUGGACGAACGAUCAAUUUGAGGAGUUUGAUUGCUGAGAGGAUGAACAAGUUAUUUAGAGACAACCUUGAAUUUUUGUUCGAUCGUUUUGAAUCCCAGGACUUGUGUGCUAUUGUAGAAUUGGAAAAGCUACUGGAAAUCUUACAAAUGACUCAUGAAUUCUUGUCAAGAGAUCUCACUAUAGAUUCUUUCAGUAUCAUGCUAAGUGAGAUGAUGGAAAAUGUCUCUCUUGUCUCUUACUCAAGCCGACUUGCUUCUCAGAUAUGGACCGAGAUGCAAAAUGAUUUUUUGCCUAACUUCAUUCUAUGUAAUACAACUCAACGCUUUGUUCGAUCAUCAAAAGUACCAUCUGCUCCUGUCCAGAAACCAUCACUACCAUAUGCCAAACCAAACUUCUAUUGUGGAACUCAAGAGUUGAACUCUGCUCACCAAAGCUUUGCGCGAUUGCAUAGUGGGUUUUUUGGAUUACCUCAUAUGUUCUCCAUUGUACGUCUUCUGGUUUCUAGAUCAUUGCCUUGGCUUAUCAGAGCACUAUUGGAUCAUAUAUCAACUAAGAUAACAACACUAGAACCAAUGAUAACAGGAUUGCAAGAAGCAUUACCUAAAUCCAUUGGUUUGCUCCCUUUUGAUGGUGGCGUAACAGGAUGUAUGAGGAUUGUCAAAGAACUUCUUAAGUGGCAAUCGAAAACAGAACUUAAAACAGAGAUUCUACAUGGAAUUAAGGAGGUUGGAAGUGCAUUAUAUUGGAUGGGACUGCUUGAUAUCGUUUUGAGAGAAGUUGACACAACACAGUUCAUGCAAGUUGCCUCAUGGUUAGGUCUGAUACCCGGGGCAGAUGGCCAAAUACUACAAUCGCAAGAAGAUGGAAAUGCCCCUGUUGUCACUCUUUUCAAGUCAGCUACUGCUGCUGCUGUUUCCAGCAACCCUUUAAACCCCUCACCCUUCUACACAAUGUCAAAACAGGCCGAAGCUGCUGAUUUGUUGUACAAGGCUAACUUGAAUACUGGAAGUGUGCUGGAGUAUGCCCUUGCUUUCACGAGUGCUGCACUCGACAAAUAUUGCACCAAAUGGAGUGCGGCACCAAAGACUGGAUUCAUAGACAUUACGACAUCAAAAGAUUUCUAUCGUAUAUUUAGUGGUCUCCAAAUAGAAUACCUGGAAGAUUGUAUGCAGGUACCCCCAAACAACCACGAAAUGUUGGGAGAUUCAGUUGCAUGGGGUGGUUGCACCAUAAUAUACUUGCUUGGUCAGCAAUUACAUUUUGAGCUCUUUGACUUUUCCUAUCAAGUCCUGAAUAUUGCAGAAGUUGAUAGUGCAGCUACUGGGUCGUCAAAUAAGAGUCCUCACUCUGCUCAGGGAUGGGAAGUGCUCUUAGAAGCUAUGAAGAAAGCAAGACGUUUGAACAAUCACGUGUUUUCAAUGUUGAAGGCUCGGUGCCCUCUAGAAGACAAGCAAGCAUGUGCCAUCAAGCAAAGUGGAGCGCCUCUACACCGCAUCAAAUUUGAAAACACAGUAUCUGCCUUUGAAACACUGCCACAGAAAUGUUCUUAAAGUUACUGUGUAGUGGCAGUGCUACUUGCAUAAAUUGAAAUGGUCCCGGAUAACUUCACAGGCUCUUGGAUUUGUAUAUAGGAUUGCAUCUAUGUAUAUGUGGUUGAUAUUUUGCGCUGUAGUUAGUAAUUGGGGAGGAGGAUGCUGAUCUGAAAUGAGUACCACUAAUGUGCUUUCAGUUGUGUUAUUGUUUGAACAUAAAAUUCUUCUAGUGACUUAAGUGACCCAAAACUAAAGACUUUGAGUUUGCUCAAAUGUGAACAUUUGUAUUGUGUAUUGAGAAUGGUUGUUUUCGGACUGA